AUGCCUGUAAAGAACAAUGGCGAGCUCGCCCCAGCUACACUCCAGAACUAUGAGAAGAAUGCUAAAAACUGGAUUCUAUGGAGGCUUUCUCGGGGUGAAGCGUCCGAUCCCAACUUUCACAAAGAUCAGCCAAUUCCAACACCACAAGUCCUAAAAUCAUUUGUUGAGUACUAUGUUGUGACAAGAGAGAAAAUCCCCACGCAGAGCUCCACAUGCCAGAACUUCAUCAAAUUCACAUCUCCAUGGGAACGAAAAACUUCUUGUUCUAUCUCAAAGGAGGUCAAGGACGAUGUUCUGAAUCAUCUGACUUUCAACAUAAUGCGGAGUUCUCGUGAUGAGGGUUUAAAACGUUGGGUGACAAUUUCGCCUGAGGAUGGCGCUAUCAUGACGAGAAAGAUCUGUGAGUUUCUAGGUCUCUAUUCAUUUAAGAAGAAUCUCGUGAAUUCUAAUAUAGAGCACCCUGCUCUUGGGAUGAGCUUUGUAUUUUGGGUGAUAGUCCAUGGGGUCGCAGAUGGGGCAUUUAAGGGCCUCACAACAAUGGCAGAAGUUCUCUCUAUCAUGCCCCCCAAGUGGCGCGAGUCACUCACCCUUGAGUGGAACGAGAACAAAAAGGAAUUGCCUUUCUUGCGGAUGAUCAAUCAUGACGGCCCCUAA